ACGCGACAAGUGAGGUUGACGUCUUUCAAGCAGAAGAGAAACGGAAGGGGCGGAUGUGACUUCAUUUAUGGCUUUCUCCUGAUGAAUACGGUAAUCUUGCAAUCAACAUGAACCGGAAUCACGACAUAGGGUCAUAUGAGGAGUUUGACGAAGAUGGCAACAGUAUCGCAAAAGAUUCCCUUGGGGGCUCCUCCAGCUCCCCCCCAGGGUCUGCCCCCUCCUCCCUGGACCCUGGAGCACACAUUGAGAUGUCUGCAGCAGUGUCAGGGGUGGUCCCAGAUGAUACAUUUACUGUUGACCAAGCUGUGAAUGCUCUAGGGUUUGGCAAAUUUCAGGUUAAACUCUCCCUGAUCACUGGAUUGUGCUGGAUGGCAGACUCGAUGGAAAUGAUGAUUCUUGCUAUCCUCAGCCCAGCCCUUCACUGCGACUGGCAUCUCUCAGAGUGGAAGCAGGCAUUCUUAACUACCUCAGUUUUUAUUGGAAUGAUGAUUAGCUCAGCCUUCUGGGGUAAUCUCUCAGACAAAUAUGGUAGAAAGCGAUCACUAAGACUAGCAGCCGUCAUGCUUGCUUACUGGGGCUUGCUCUCUGCCUUCGCACCAACGUACAACUGGAUCGUGCUUCUCAGAGGCCUCGUUGGCUUUGCAAUUGGUUGUAUUCCACAGUCUGUUACCUUGUAUGCAGAAUUCUUGCCAGCUCAUCAGCGAGGAAAGUGUGUCGUGUUGCUUGAUUGUUUCUGGGCAGUUGGUGCAUGUGCCGAGGUCAUACUUGCUCUGUGGGUGAUGCCGACCAUGGGGUGGACAGGACUCCUAGCUCUCUCCACCAUCCCCCUGAUUCUGUUUGCUCUCGUCUCACAUUGGCUCCCAGAAAGUGCAAGAUAUGAUGCAGCAUCUGGAGAAUCUGAGAAAGCUCUGGCCACCCUGCAGAAAAUUGCAGAUGAAAAUGGAAAACCCAUGCUGCUUGGUCGGCUGAUUGUUGAUGAUGUUGCACAGAUUAACCGUGGUCGACUAAUGGAUCUGUUGGUGCCUGAUCUCAAGUGGACAACACUCCUUUUGUGGUUCAUUUGGACUUCAUGUGCCUUCUGUUACUAUGGUGUGGUACUUAUGACCACAGAACUAUUUGAGGCAAAAGGCAAUUUGUGUUCAAUAUCAGGCACAGAAGGCAUAUACACAUGCUCUGCUGACUGCCGUCCCCUAAGCUCAGAAGACUACUUAGAUUUACUUUGGACAACCCUUGCGGAAUUUCCAGGAAUAUUUUUCACGAUCCUUGUAAUUGAGAAGCUCGGAAGAAAGAAGACGAUGGCACUGGAGUUCAUCAUUUUUGUGGUGUCCAUCAUCUUUCUUUUCAUUUGCACAUCCAAUCGUACAUGGCUCACUUUCAUCCUGUUUGUGGCUCGUGGAAUUAUCUCAGGAGUGUUUCAGGCUGCAUAUGUCUACACACCAGAGGUAUAUCCAACAUCAUUGCGAGCCGUGGGUGUGGGGACAUGUUCUGGUAUGGCCCGCUUUGGUGCUAUGUUAACUCCUAUUGUUGCUCAAGUCAUGACACGAACCUCUGUCCACUUGGCUACUGCAACAUAUGGCAUAGUGGCCAUAUUAGCCAUAGCUGCUGCCUUGAUGUUGCCCAUUGAAACAAGAGGCAGAGCAAUGUCAUAGACCUGAAAUGUCUUGUUGUGGGAACCAAGACCAUUACUUGGCAGAAGUCUGUUGACUACAGUGAAAUGCAUUUAUUUUAGUUUGAUUUUUAUCAUUUUAUCAUGGACAUUAUUUUUUAUUCUUACAAUUUUUACAUUUAGCCCCCCCCCUUUUUUUUUCUAAGGUACAACUGACAAAAAAUUAACUGAAGUACUCUUGAAAACAAAUGGGGUUUUCAAUAUUGUAUUUUCUCUGAUAUUUUAUAUAUUUGUAUGGAAAUAUUUCAUACAUCUUGUUUUUCAACUUUUAUUUUUUUUAUAAUGCUAUUUUAUCUAUAUCUGUUUAAAUGAGAGAAUUUAGAAUUGAUAUCCACCAAAAAUGUAUAAUCACAUACUUAGAAAUAUACUGAUUAAGCUUCUUUCAAAUACUCAAGAAGCCACAUUCUAUUUUAUGCUGAAAAAUAGAAUAACUUAGUAAGGUCAGAUGUGGUCAUACCACCUAGGCUUUAUAAUUGUCGGAGAUUGUAUGUAAAUAACUUGCAGUA